CGGCCACCCCGCGGGCACCCGGCCUCCGCGGGGGCGGCGGGCGGAGAGUAAAACCGGGCCCCGGCAGGGACGCGGGGCCGGAGCCGGACCCGCCGCCGCCAGGGCAAGGAGAUGACAGGUGGAAAUGAAUCCUGUACUGCAGGACCAACAUCUAUGUCCUACUUAACUUGCCUGACUUACUUUCUGGAAGAAUGGACUGGUGUGGAGGAUAUUGGAGAUUAUAUGAGUUAUGCAUUCUACAUUUUGUGGUUGCUUUUUCCGCUUGUAGUAGUCUUUGUACUUCCGGGAGUUAUCGUCAUUCUCUUCUACGUUUCCAUUCUCUGGCUUCAUAUUUAUAAAAGGAAGAAUGAAAUAAAGGAAGCUUAUUCCCAUGAUGCUUGGAUAGGUGCGAAUGAAGUGCUGGCAACUUUAUGGGAUGGGCAUGGAAGAUUAUGGCAUGGUUAUGAGCUCCAUGGUGUCGAAAAUAUUCCUGAGGGACCAGGACUUGUUGUGUUUUAUCAUGGAGCUACUCCCGUUGACUAUAUUUAUUUCUCAGCUAGACUUCAUAUAAUGACGAAGAGGCGCUGCAGAGUAGUAGCUGAUCAUUUUGUCUUUAGAUUACCAGGUUUUAGAAUACUAAUUGAGGUACUUGGAAUUCUACAUGGACCAAAAGAAGCUUGUGUCAGGACUCUGGAGAAGGGCCAUCUGUUAGCCAUUGCCCCAGGUGGAGUUCGGGAAGCACUCUUCAGUGAUGAAAUGUAUACUAUUUUGUGGAGUGAUCGGAAGGGCUUUGCUCAGGUGGCCAUUGAUGCAAAAGUGCCCAUCAUUCCAAUGUUUACACAAAAUGUUCGAGAAGGCUUUAGGACAUUAGGAGGAAUAAAAAUACUUAGGUCGCUAUAUGAGCGUAUUAGAUUGCCAAUAGUUCCUCUGUACGGGGGCUUUCCGGUCAAGCUACGUACAUUUAUUGGAGAACCCAUUCCGUAUGACCCAAAUAUGACUGCUGAGGAACUAGCUGCAAAGACAAAAGCAGCAGUCCAAGCUCUCAUAGAAAAGCAUCAGAAAAUUCCAGGAAAUAUAUUUAGGGCUUUAAUGGAAAGAUUUCAAACACAAAAGAAAGAAGAUUAAGGUUUUCUGAACUUAAAUUUCUACAACGACUAUUUAGUUACAAUAUUCUUAAAGUCUCAUUUGUAAAUUAUUCAUUCUUCUAAUAAUAGGUUUUAAAUACUGUCCUAAUGAUAUGGCUGUAUAAUUUAAGAUAGAGGUCACUUGCCCUUGCCCUUUUCCCCUGUCCAGUAUCAAGCUCAGGAGCCCAAACUUCAAAUUAUUCGUAAAGGGGCAAAGUUUAAUUUUUGAUAAAUGCAUUCCUACCUUGGAAGUGUCUACCAGCUACCUUGGGUUGUUGAUUCUGGGUUUGUUUGGGGUUUUUUUUCCAAAUAAUACUGCAAGCCUUUGUGUAUAUGUUCUGUCUUCCUUUUAGUCCAUCAUUGUCUCCCAUCCCCACCAUGAUGGAUCUCUAAGUUGAAUGUCAAACCCUCUGCAGAGCUGGAGUUUUAUUUUCUUGACCCUCGUUGGUGUAAGGAGGUUUUGUGGGCUGGAUUAAUGCCAUACAACAUGUAUAAAAACUUCCCUGAGAUUGUUACUCUCAUACUGCUGGGAAACAGUCCACCAUUUUUGGUCUGCAAAAUCUCUACCAAUGCCUGCAAAACCUGUGUUGCAAAGUGUUUGGUUUUGCUGAGUGAGCUCAGAAAGGGUUCAGAGGAGUGAAAAUUGAUUAGAGAACUACAGUGAUCCAAGGAGGUUUGUUAUGGAAACCACUCCGAUGCUGUGAAUGAGAACCCAACAACACAAUUGCUAUUCCAAGCCCAGGCAUAUUGGAUAUCUUCCCUUGAGUAGAGACUUGUCCCAUUUAUUUCUCAGUGGAUCUAUAAAUUCUCCUUUGAAACAAUGAGCCAAGCAUUCAAACAUAAGAAGUGUGAGUACUGUUUAGUAACAUGAGCUCAAAAAUUUUUUUUUGAUGAAAAGAGAAAAUUGUUACAGCACUAUAAAAGCAGUAGUUCUUUUGAAAAACAGGAUUGGAAUCCCCAAAUACUCUUAAGAGUAUGUGGAUAAACGAUGAAAUAUAUUCUUCAAACAGUUAUCUAUGUAAGUUAAAUAAUGUAGGAGAGGGAAGUUCUGUAUACUUUCCUGAAGUGAAAGCAAUUGAAUAAACAGGAGAGGGUUGCAAGAUUGGGCUUUUGUGCACUUACAGCAAAUUAUAUUGUUACAUUUUCUCUUAGCUAAAGCCUAUGGUUUUGUUGUCCAAAUAGGAAAUAUCUGAAAUAUUUCUUUUAAUUUCCAGGAAUUUUAAUCUACAGUUCUUAAAUUAACAUCUGGGAACUUUUUAGUUCUGGGAUAAGGACAAAUUCUUUCAGAAAAGACAAAAGAGGUUUUUGCUAUAUGAUACGGUCGCCUUUCAAUAUUGUUGUGGUUUGACCUUUCCUUAAAAAAAAAGAAAAGAAUGCACACCCCAAAAAACCCCCAACAAAUAACCAACAUUUGAAGAAGCAGUUGUAUUUGAUGUAGUAGUCAUUCCUCUCACCAUUUAAGCACAUGCUUUGCUUUGUGCUCUUUUAAAUGUGUAAAUUAGUGACAUUGCAUAAGUGCAUGUGGGUGAUGCCCUCUGUUAGAAAAAUAUCACUUUGUGGGAAAUUGUGUAACAAAUGUGUUUUACAAGAAGCAAAAGGAUUACUUAUUUUGAUGCCUAGAGAGGCUGAUCUGGAACAGAGGCUAGACAGAGUUAAAGGAAUAAAGCAGGUAUUAAUUAAAAGUCCUGCGAAGAAUACACCUUGGACAAUACAAGAGCCUGACCGUGGCUCUGCCCAAAACGGACCCAAGAUAGAUGACCAGUCACGAGGUUUCACACUUUUAUAAGUUGUGGCCCAUUUACAUAUUGGGGUCACUUGUCCAAUUACAACUUCGGUUCAUGAAGUCCCAUCCUCCCAGUUUGCUCUCCUCAUUUUGCUGUUGUUUAUACUUUAUGAGACCUGAAGCUGCAGCGGUGUCUUUGGUUCUCAGGGUGGAAAAGGAUUGUUUUGUCUAACUAAAUUGCGAAGAGAACUUUCUAACGUUUUACAGGAAGUUCUAAUACUAAUGCAGUACAGAAUCUGGAAAAUAUGAAAGCUAAAACUUAGAGCAUCAACUUUAUGAUAUUAUUUUAUACCAAAAACAUUUUACAUGGUGUUAAAAUUUUUUAAAGCUUUGGGAAGAAUCAUGGUGUAUAUAAAAGCAAAUUCCCAUUCUGAAGUUUUUUAAAUUACUUGGGUCUUACUUGAAGGCACGAUUGUAUUCCUUUUAAUUUAUUGGGCUGUGUUUCAAAAGUACUGUUAACACAGCAUGUCAUUCAAAGUGAUAAUGCUAAAUUCCUGCAUUGAAGUAUAACUUAUGUAUGACCUUUUUUUACUGUCCAUCUUGAGAAAAAUGUACAUCAGUCUAUGUUGUGAACAUCUCAAAGGCAGCUGAACAUCUUUUGCGUUGAUGUUGUGUAUUUGUAAAAGAGCACUCAAUCUAAAAGGUUCCUUUAGACAUGAACAGACAUUGUUAUCAGAGAUCUGGUAAAAUUUAUUUUAUUAAGUAUGUGGGCUAUUUGCUGCAAUUUUGUCCCUUUAAGUAUUGAAAGAUCAGUAUAUAAAAUGAAGGGCAGUGUUGGUACUCUCUAAGUGUUUAUAUUUGUAUAGGCCUUUCAUAUUUAUUUCUAUAUAUUAAAAACAUAUAGAAGACACCUUUCGAAUAAAAUUGACAACUGGAACAGA